GUCGGACCGCUGACGGAAGGGGCGGCUCACAUGACCCUGCGCAGCGCGGUGGCGGCGGCUUGGCGCGGUGUGUUCGCGGCCUAGAGGCGCCCCGGGGCUUCCCAGCCGGGCCUCAGGCGGCCGAGCGGCGUCCCCCUGCACCAUCCCCGACCCGCGCGGCUUGGAGGGGCCGCGGCGGCGCUCCGAACGCGGCUUCUGCUCCGCAGCGAAGGGAUUGUGACUGGAAGAAUGUCUUUUCCACCUCAUUUGAAUCGCCCUCCUAUGGGAAUCCCAACACUUCCCCCUGGGAUCCCACCUCCACAGUUUCCUGGCUUUCCUCCACCUGUACCUCCUGGGACCCCUAUGAUUCCUGUACCAAUGGGCAUUAUGGCUCCUGCUCCGACUGUAUUAGUUCCUACCACAGUGUCUAUGGUUGGAAAACAUUUGGGAGCCAGAAAAGAACACCCUGGCUUAAAGAAUAAAGAAAACGAUGAAAACAGCGGUCCCACUACCACUGUUUUUGUAGGCAACAUUUCUGAGAAGGCUUCGGACAUGCUCAUACGGCAGCUUCUAGCAAAAUGUGGCUUGGUUUUGAGUUGGAAGAGAGUACAAGGGGCAUCUGGAAAACUUCAAGCUUUUGGAUUUUGUGAGUACAAAGAACCAGAAUCCACGCUACGAGCACUGAGAUUACUCCAUGACCUCCAGAUUGGAGAGAAGAAGCUGCUAGUCAAAGUUGAUGCAAAGACAAAGGCUCAGCUAGAUGAAUGGAAAGCAAAGAAAAAGGCUUCUAAUGGGAACUCCAGACCAGAGACCACAAAUGAUGACGAUGAAGCAUUGGAUGAGGAAACGAAGAGAAGAGAUCAGAUAAUUAAAGGGGCCAUUGAAGUCUUAAUACGAGAAUAUUCCAGCGAGCUCAAUGCCCCUUCCCAGGAAUCUGACUCUCACCCCAGGAAGAAGAAAAAGGAAAAGAAGGAGGACAUUUUCCGCAGAUUUCCAGUGGCCCCACUGAUACCUUAUCCACUCAUCACCAAGGAGGAUAUAAAUGCUAUAGAAAUGGAGGAAGACAAAAGAGACCUGAUAUCAAGAGAGAUCAGUAAAUUCAGAGACACACACAAGAAACUGGAGGAGGAAAAAGGCAAAAAGGAGAAAGAAAGACAGGAAAUUGAAAAAGAACGCAGAGAAAGAGAAAGGGAACGAGAGCGUGAACGAGAAAGGAGGGAGCGUGAAAGAGAGAGGGAGCGUGAACGAGAGAAGGAGAAGGAACGGGAGCGUGAACGAGAGCGAGAUAGGGAUCGUGAUCGAACUAAGGACCGAGACAGAGACCGCGAACGAGACCGAGAUCGUGACAGAGAUCGUGAAAGGAGUUCAGAUCGCAACAAGGAUCGGAGCAGAUCAAGAGAAAAAAGCAGAGACAGAGAAAGAGAACGAGAACGAGAGAGGGAAAGAGAACGAGAACGAGAGAGGGAAAGAGAACGAGAACGAGAGAGGGAAAGAGAACGAGAACGGGAACGAGAACGGGAGAAGGAUAAGAAGAGAGACCGAGAAGAAGAUGAAGAAGAUGCCUAUGAACGCCGAAAACUAGAGAGGAAACUGCGGGAAAAAGAAGCUGCAUAUCAAGAGCGUCUUAAAAACUGGGAAAUCAGAGAACGGAAGAAAAGUCGAGAAUACGAAAAAGAGGCUGAAAGGGAAGAGGAAAGAAGAAGGGAAAUGGCAAAAGAAGCCAAACGGUUAAAAGAAUUCUUAGAAGAUUAUGAUGAUGACAGAGAUGAUCCAAAAUACUACAGGGGUAGUGCUCUUCAGAAGAGGCUACGAGACAGGGAGAAAGAGAUGGAAGCAGAUGAACGGGAUAGAAAAAGGGAAAAGGAAGAAUUAGAAGAAAUUAGGCAGCGUCUUCUGGCAGAAGGACACCCAGAUCCAGAUGCAGAACUCCAGAGGAUGGAGCAGGAGGCUGAGCGGCGUAGGCAGCCACAAAUAAAACAAGAGCCAGAAUCUGAGGAGGAAGAGGAAGAAAAGGCAGAAAAAGAGGAAAAAAGAGAAGAGCCGGAGGAAGAGGAGGAGGAGCCUGAACAAAAGCCCUGCCUUAAACCAACUUUACGACCCAUCAGUUCUGCCCCAUCCGUUUCCUCUGCUAGUGGAAAUGCAACCCCUAACACACCUGGUGAUGAAUCUCCCUGUGGCAUUAUUAUCCCUCAUGAAAAUUCACCUGAUCAACAGCAGCCGGAGGAGCAUCGGCCCAAAAUAGGACUCAGCCUCAAAUUGGGUGCCUGCAAUAGUCCUAAUCAGCCCAAUGCUGUAAAAAGGAAGAAGCUUGCUGUCGAUAGUGUUUUCAAUAAAUUUGAUGACGAAGACAGUGAUGAUGUGCCCCGGAAAAGGAAACUUGUCCCCCUGGAUUAUGGAGAAGAAGAUAAAAGCAAUAUCAAAGGCAGUGUCAAUACAGAAGAAAAACGUAAACAUAUUAAGAGUCUCAUUGAGAAGAUUCCCACAGCAAAACCAGAGCUCUUUGCUUAUCCUCUUGACUGGUCAAUUGUGGAUUCAACACUAAUGGAACGUCGAAUUAGACCGUGGAUCAACAAGAAAAUAAUAGAAUAUAUUGGUGAAGAAGAAGCCACGCUAGUUGACUUUGUCUGUUCUAAGGUUAUGGCUCACAGUUCACCACAGAGCAUACUGGAUGAUGUUGCCAUGGUACUAGAUGAAGAAGCUGAAGUUUUCAUAGUCAAAAUGUGGAGGUUGUUGAUAUACGAGACAGAAGCGAAGAAGAUUGGUCUAGUGAAAUAAAGCACUCUCCUUGCUUCUAGGGUUCCAUUUCAAUUUUGGGCUUUUUUUUUUCCCAUCAUUCAAAGACUUUGAAUUUUCUCUGUUCUCAGAGACUUGAGACCUGUAUUUUUUUAUGUAGAAAAUGUGAAUUUUUUUGUCCUCUGCUCUGAGGCCCCUUUUACCCUUCUCAGUUAUCUGAAUCCUGCAAUGAUUCUCUUUAUAAUUCACAAGGUACAAUUACCGGUAUGUUUUAUAAGCUGCAGCUACUGUACACACUCUCUGGUAAUCUUGUUAUGUUACUCUGAUUCUUGUAAAUAUUAAGAAAAGAAAAAAAAAGCCCCUGUUUUGCAAAACAUUUGCACUUAAUGUGGAACUAUAUCAGUUACAGGUGAAGACAAAUUAUUUUACUGCAAAUUUAUCAGUGCUUUUUUUUUUUUUUGCAUACUCUCCCACUUUAUUUAAGGAGUGAUCAGAUUACAAUUUAAAAAUAAGUGGCUUGAGCUGCUUUCACAGAACAGCUUUGUGUGUUCAUUUUGUCCCCUCAUCUGACUCUGGAAAAGGAGUUCCCUCAGACUUUCCAUUCUGAUAUGAACCAGCAGUACUCUUGGUACUUUGUUGUCCAUUUAGAAAUACUAAUGAAGCUGGGAACUUAAUCUCUCGCAGAAGCUCUGCUUCUUUCCUACAAAGUGCAAAUUGCAGGAAGUUUUUUAUUCUUUGCUCAGUUAAAACGAGAGCAGGACCUCAAUUCAGUGAGUGCUAUUUAAUGAGGGUUUUUUUGUUUUUUUUU